AUGAAGCACCUACUCGCCGCCGGCGUCCUCAGCGCCACGUUCGCCAGUUGCUGUUUUGCCGCGGAGUUCGAGUCGAAGCGUCCGCCCAUCGAGGAACGCUGUUUCACGAGCCCCUCGGUCGAGCAGACGAUCGCGAAGGUGAAGCCGAAGAUCGCCGACGCCGAAUUGGCGUGGAUGUUCGAGAACUGCUACCCGAACACCCUCGACACCACCGUCGAUUACGAGGUGAUCGACGGCAAGCCCGACACGUUCGUGAUCACCGGCGACAUCGACGCGAUGUGGCUCCGCGACUCGACGGCGCAAGUAUGGCCGUACAUGCGCUACGUCAACGACGACGAGAAACUGCGAAAGCUGGUGGAAGGCUUGGUGCGCCGGCAGACGAAGUGCGUCUUGCUCGACCCCUACGCGAACGCCUUCUACAAAGACAUGCAGAAGGAGUCGGAGUGGGCCAGCGACCGCCCCGCGCCGAUCGACGGCGUUCACGAGCGCAAGUGGGAGAUCGAUUCGCUCUGCUACGCGGUGCGGCUGGCGAACGAGUAUUACCGACUGACGGGCGACGCGUCGAUCUUCGACGAGGACUGGCGGCGGUCCGCCAAGCUAAUCGUCGAGACAUUCAAGACCGAGCAACGCAAGAACGGCACGCCGUACCGCUUCCGCCGCUCUACCGACCGGAUGAUCGACGCGCCGCUGUUCGAUGGCCUGGGACGGCCCAUCAAGCCAGUGGGCCUUAUCGCGUCGGCGUUCCGCCCGAGCGACGACAGCACGCUCUACCCGUUCUUGAUCCCGUCGAACCUGUUUGCGGUGCAAUCGCUGCGGCAGCUCGAGGCGAUCUUCCGCGGCGAACUCGACGACGAGGCCUUUGCGGACGAGUGCGCCGGGCUGGCUGACGAGGUUCAAGCCGCGAUCGAAGAGUACGCGAUCGUCGAGCACCUCGACUUCGGCAAGAUCUACGCGUACGAAGUCGAUGGCUUCGGCAACCGCGCGCAUUGGGACGACGCCAACGUGCCGAGCCUGAUGUCGCUGGCGUAUCUGGGCGUGCACAAGAAGGACGACCCGCUCUACCUCCGCACCCGCAAGUUCCUGCUCAGCGACAGCAACCCCUAUUACUUCCGCGGCAAGGCGGCGGAGGGGCAGGCGAGCCCGCACUCGGGUCACGAGCGCAUCUGGCCGAUGGGCAUCAUCCUCCGCGCCAUGACCAGCACCCCCGACGAAGAGAUCGUCGAAUGCCUGCGGAUGCUGCGGGCGACGCACGCCGAGACGGGUUUCAUGCACGAGGCGUUCAACAAGGACAACCCGGCCGACUACACCCGCGAUUGGUUCGCCUGGGCCAACACGCUGUUCGGCGAGUUGAUCGUGCUCAUUGAUGACGAGCGACCGCACCUCUUGCAGACGUCUUUCGACUGA